CGCAAUCAAGUUGUUGUUUCUUGAAAGUAGCAGAAUAAGAAUGAGGAGCUCUGCUUUGGUGUUGUGCAUUGCAAUGGCUUUGGGGGUUCUAUUGAUGGCCCUGUUGGCGAAGGGACUGAUGCCCUAUCCAAGGAGCUUGUGGGAUAUGACAUUACCCAGCGACGACCCUUUUAGGAUACUAGAACAGAUCCCAUUUACAAUACCUAAAGGGGUUGGGUUAGAAACGACGACAUUGGCUCUGGCUCGGGCAGAUUGGAAGGAGACAGAGCAAGCGCACAUGAUAACGGUGGACGUUCCAGGGAUGAAGAAGGAGGAUGUGAAGAUCGAGUUGGAGGAAAAUAGGGUUUUGAGGAUCAGUGGAGAGAGGAAGAGGGAAGAGGAGGUUGAGGGUGAGAAAUGGCACAGCGUUGAACGAACCACCAGCAAGUUCUGGAGACAAUUCAGGUUGCCUCGCAAUGCGGACUUGGAAUCCAUUAAAGCGCAUCUGGAGAAUGGGGUUUUGAAGAUCACUGUUCCUAAAUUGGCUGAGGAGAAGAAGCCUCAGCCUAAGGUCGUCAACAUUGUCGAGGAGGUUAACCCUUCGAGUGGUGAAGACAUCAAGCCUUCCAAAGCCGAAAUGUAAUUAAAAGUUUUAGAUUUC